AUGGAUCUGGUUCUUGGUAUUGCCGAUGAAUAUGUGCUCGAUCACGUCUGGGCCAAGCUGCUCCCGGCUUCGCGCUACUCCUCUGCUUGUGCCGCCCACCAUAUGAAUGCUCUCAACUCCACCAUAUCCCAGAGCGAGUUCGUGGCCAAAUGCGGUGCACCAGGACAGCCCAUGUCUUGGCUUCCUCGUGACAACAUCAUUCGUCAGUUCUUGUCUCUUUAUGUGAUCACGUAUAUCGGCAUCAUAUUGUUGUAUUUCUCAUGCGCGGCGUUUUCGUACCACUUUUUCUUCAAUAAAGAACUCAAAAAGCAUCCUCGAUUCUUGAAGGACCAAGUGAAGCUCGAGAUUCAGUCCUCUUUGCGUGCAUUUCCUUGGCUCGAUUUGCUGACCGUGCCUUGGUUUGUCGCGGAGGUGCGCGGUUACAGUCGUGCCUAUGACCGUUGGGACGAAUAUGGCCUGUGGUACUUGAUUCUCAGUGUGCCCCUGUUUCUUGUCUUCACUGAUGCAUGCAUUUACUGGGUGCAUCGCAUCGAACAUCACCCGCUUUUGUACAAGCAUGUACACAAGCCUCACCAUAAGUGGAUCGUGCCAACGCCUUUCGCAUCGCAUGCGUUCCAUCCACUGGAUGGUUAUGCACAGAGUUUGCCAUACCACAUCUUCCCGUGCAUUUUUCCUCUGAACAAGCUUCUAUUCCUAUGUCUCUUUGGAUUCGUGAAUCUUUGGAGCAUCAUGAUCCACGAUUCGGACAUGAUCAAUAACACCGGCUUCGAGAAGUACAUCAAUGGACCGGCUCAUCACACGCUCCAUCACUUAUACUUCACGUGUAACUAUGGUCAAUACUUUACCACCUGCGAUCGUUUGUUUAGCAGUUUCCGCGAGCCACAGGCAGAGGAUGAUCCUGUGCUCGAGGCCCAAGGCGUGUCUCGACCGACCAAGGACAUCAAGACGCAAUGA